GGUCCGGAGCCAGUUUGCUUCAGCUCGCACCUGGCCGUCCCGCGACAACAUUCUGCCUGCGCCACCAUGAAGCUGACUGUCCUCUUUGGCGUGACUAUGGCCCUGUAUGGCCUUGGGUCAGCUCGUGCCAUGCCCGACCCUUAUCCCGUGGCCGACCCUUAUCCCGUCGCCGACCCUGAUCCCGUCGCCGACCCUGAUCCCGUCGCCGACCCUUAUGCCGUGGCUGACCCUUAUCCCGUGGCUUUAGGUGUGCCUUCUGAGCCUGAGAAUCCAUACUUGGACGACUGUACAUGUUUUUAUUGUUGCCUUAUAAACUUUGGAAGGUAACUUGCUGUCAUUGUUAUAGUUAAAUAACGACCUAAAUCUAGGACUUUAUCAAAUAUAAGAAAUCAAGAAAUGGACAGGAGAUGCAAAUAGAGAGGAAACAGAUAUCCACACAUGGAACAUCAGCAAGAGCAAUGAAGUAUAAAUCAACCUUGGAAAUCUAUACAAACUUGGAAAUCCCCGUUGCAAAUUAAACGAAAAGGAAGCAGCGUUUUUUAUUUUACGUUAUCACUCCAUGUACUACUGAACUGGUGAUCUUACCUAUUAGCAUAAGUCAAUGAUUGAACGAAAUAAAAAAGGAG